AUGGACAAUGCUACAAUGUUAGCUAAACUUAGUGCGGAAUUAGCGUCUGUGAGUCAAGCAUCUCAACAACAACACGGCUCUUCUGGAUUGCUGUUUCAAAAUGGGCUUUCUCUUGGGCAAUCUGGACAAGUUGGGUCAAAACCGCCUCCACCAAAACGCCAAUAUUCCUCAACAAGCAAAAACUUUUGCGAUCUUUGUAAUAAAGAAGUUUGCAACAAAUAUUUUUUGCGUACUCAUAUGUUGAAAAUGCACAAUAUUGUUAUUGAUGAAAAUAAGCUUGUAAUAGCCAACAUUGACACUUCCGAAAAAGAAAGACGAGGAGAAGUCAAAUUUCGUUGUGAAAUUUGUUUGGCUAGUUUAACGGGACGUGAACAACUACGGGCACAUAAAAGAGAAGUACACGGAAUGCAAGCACCUUUAGGGGGUGGAGGAGGAGGACAUGCUUCAACAUCUUCCACACCAAGUUCAAGUAUCGGAAAAAUACCCAUCUUGGCUCCUUUGUUGCCUUCUUCUUUAACUGGUAUAGUUGAGAUGACUGCCGCGGAUGGCCAAAAACAUAAAAUCUGCCAAAGCCCAACCACCAUCAAAAGAACAAAUAAUUUAAAUAAUGAGGAGGAGGAAGAUGGGGAUGGAGAUAGAGAGGGAAUGUAUCCAAUAAAGAGACCAAAAAUUGAAAAUGAUGAGGAGGAAGUGGAUGAAGAAAUUAAAUUUAGAAGAAGAGGGGGUAGUGGAGGGGAAACUGAUGAAGUUACCGAUGAAAUGAUGUUACAACUACUUCAACGUUGGGAGGGUGAAAAUGGACAUAAUGGGGAGGAAUUAAUGGGUGUUAAUGAACAGCGGCAACAACAAACUUGUAGUAAUAAACAGGAAAAUAAUAAUAAUGUUGGUACGAAAGAAGGAGAAAAACAUAGUCAUACUAGUGGUUCAGCAAGCCCAGUUUCUCUCCAUAACGCAACAACUUCUAAUUGUAAUAUAGUAACUACCUCAUUGCCCGAAGGUUUUGUUCGCCCAACAAUUGAUAAUCAAAAAUCUUUUUUGCUUCAAUCAUUUACAAUUAGAACCGUUUCUUCUGAGGGCGAUUCAACUACUUCAUCUUCCCAAUCUCCCCUUCCAGAAGAACUCGUUGCUUAUUUACCUGUUAGAUCAAUGUUGCUAGAACCGUUGAAAUUGACUUUGGAAUUAAGGCCUAAUCCACAAAAUACUGAUUCUUUGAUUCGUGAUCAACAGCUUCAACAUUUAGAAAAUCAAAAACCGAUUCUCAGAAAAAUGGAAAAUUUUGAAAUGUGCGAUAAUAAUAGUUAUGGAGCUGGAAAUGAAGUAGUACCCAGCAGUGUGCCAUAA